UAAUUCUGAGUGUGUCCAGUAAAACUCCUGUGGUCCGCUCUAGACUGGGAGAAGCGGUUCUGUUGGACUGUGGGUUCUGGGUCGAUCCGUCUUCUCCGGUUCACGGCUCUGGAUUCUCUGUCGAGUGGCGCUAUCAGUUCCGGGGUGAAGGACGGCUGGUCCUCGCUUACGACGGCAAGACCGAUCGGUUUGCAGAGACAUCAGAGACCGGAGCAGAUAUCAACAUCACAGGCCUCUAUGAGACAGGAAACGCAUCACUGAUUCUGGAAGAAGCUCAAGUGAGACACUCAGGAACUUACAUGUGCACAGUCUAUCUUCCUCACCUGCUGGCUCAGGUAGCUGUGGACCUGGAGAUAGUUGAGCCUCCGUCUCUCUCCAUCUACCCGUCUCCUCUUCCUCUGCUGGUUCCUGGGCAGGUGCUGCUGGUUCAGUGCGAGGCAUCUGGUUUUGCUCCUCACACUCUGGACCUGAGCUGGGAGUUCAGCAGGGCAGACGGGACGUCCCGCUCUCUGGGUCAGGGCAGUGUAACGGGUCACAGACAGGCGUCUGAUGGCACCUUCAGUCAGAGCAGCCGUCUGGAGCUGGAUUUGGGGAAGCUGGGGAGAAGGGAGGAUGAAGACCUGCUCUCUUCACUGAAGGCUUCAGUUCUGAUGAACAUUAGAGAUUUCUCUUGA